ACGCGCCGAAACUAGGUUAGAGAGCCGCAGAGUCAGAGCGGGACAGACCUGUGAGAAGACACGGAGCUGUAAGCUAGUUGCUUAAUUACCGCAUAGGUGUUUUAGCAAACUGUCAGUCUGAGACUGGUGCAGCUGUCAGAAAGUAACAAACUCAACACACCGUUGUUUCUAUUUAUUUUAAGGUCGACGCACGCGAAGAAAAGGUAGAAAAUCCAUAUGAGGAUUUGCUGUUGUGACAAUUCUCAGCUGCUCCGGUUCGGAGCAAAUAAGUGCGCGUCGCUCUCAGUGUUUCUUGGCUUCCUUUCCACCUGGAGUUGUAUGACUUGAAGACUUGGCUAGACUUCACCGCCGACAUGAGAGCUCAAAUAGAGGUGAUUCCGUGUAAAAUCUGUGGGGACAAAUCAUCAGGGAUUCACUAUGGUGUCAUCACCUGUGAAGGCUGCAAGGGUUUCUUCCGACGCAGCCAGCAGAACAAUGCUAUGUAUUCCUGCUCACGUCAGAGGAACUGUUUAAUUGACCGGACCAACCGUAACCGUUGUCAGCACUGCAGGCUGCAGAAGUGUCUCGCGCUGGGCAUGAGCCGUGAUGCGGUCAAGUUUGGCCGAAUGUCCAAAAAGCAGCGCGACAGCCUUUAUGCAGAGGUCCAGAAGCACCAGCAGUCCCAGGAGUGUGCGGGGCUCAGUGUCCGCGAGGAGAAUAGCAACAUGGCUGACCACUGCCGCACUUACAGAAGAGGCUCCAGCACCACGCUCAGUGACCUGGAGGACAUCACCAUGCUGCCAGAAGGCCUGCUUUUAGACCUGCCGCUGACCCCAGAGGAUGGAUGUAGCGAGUACUGUAACCUGGACAUGGUGGGUGGCAGUGCAGGCAGCAGCUCAUCCUCUCAGAGUUCUCCAGAACAGACCAACUUCGACUUUGUAGACGCCAACCACAGCAUCAAGCAUGAGUACCAGCUGUUGCACGACUCUGGACUCUUCUCACAUGCUAUCCUUAACCCGCUGCCCGAGGGUUGCUCCCUGCUUGAGAUAGAGCGUAUAACUCAGAGUGUGCUGAAGUCCCAUAUAGAGACAUGCAAGUACAGCACAGAUGAGCUAAAGAGAAUGGCGUGGACCUUGUAUAGCCCGGAGGAGACACGCUCAUAUCAGAAGAAGACAGCUGAGGUGAUGUGGCAACAAUGUGCCGUUCACAUCACCAAUGCAAUCCAGUAUGUGGUAGAGUUUGCCAAGCCAAUCGCUGGCUUCAUGGACCUCUGCCAGAAUGAUCAGAUUAUCCUCCUCAAAGCAGGCUGCAUGAAUGUUCUUCUGAUCCGUAUGUGUCGGGCCUAUAACCCCAUCAAUAAUACGUUGCUCUUUGAUGGGAAGUUUGCCACUCCUGAUCUUUUCAAAGCCCUUGGCUGUGACGAUCUUGUGAAUGCAGUGUUUGACUUAGCUAAAAGCCUGAGCCGUAUACAGAUGUCCGAGGAAGAGAUGGCUCUCUUCAGUGCUGUUGUGCUGCUUUCACCAGACCGACCCUGGCUGACAGAUGUUCAGAAGAUACAGAAGUUGCAGGAGAAGGUCUACGUGGCUCUGCAGCGCUGCCUACAAAAAGAGGGACCAUCAGAAGAGAAACUAGCCAAGAUGGUGUCUAAGCUUCCCAUCCUGAAGUCCAUUUGCAACCUUCACAUCGACAAACUGGAGUUUUUCCGUCUGGUCCACCCUGAGACAGCAUAUACCUUUCCUCCUCUGUAUCGGGAGGUUUUUGGCAGUGAAAUCUCCUUCCCAGACUCCACAGAGGGUUAACAAUGUUUAGCUAAUUAGCAGAAUUCAAACAGAGACCUUGAGGUGUAGGGAGGGGGAGAUAAUGUGGCAACCAGUUGAGACUAAAACCAACCAGCAGCUCAAUGACAAUCCUGCACGUUACACUUUAGGACACACUCCUCUCACCGUUGAGCUCCCAACCCUGUGGAGUAGCUCACACUGCCCUGCAAGCCAGUCCGUUCAGCAUAACACUAUAGGAACUGCUGCUGCAGUGCAUGUUACCUCUUUUUUUAGGGACUUAUUCAAGAGUAGCCGACAUUUGUAUACUCAAUUAUUUUUCUAUGAGAAGACCUGCAAUCUCUCAUGAAGCUGAAUUUGACGUUCCUGUAAGCUAUCAUUGAAUGUAUCCCCCGUUUCCCCUUUACCCUUCAGCACAGCCCUAGGCUCGAUAUAGAAUGUACAUACUUAAAAUCCUCACCCACUUUUUGUCGGUUUGCAGUAUUUGCAUUAGAUAUUUUUGGUAGCACCCAUAUUUUGCAGUUUUGUAAUGUACAAACUGUUUUAAGGGACCACGAUCAAACUCACAGACAGGGUUUUUGAACUGUGCACCAACAAACUCUUGCGUACAGAGCCCAAUACAUGGCACUUAUCUUUGUAGGUCUUUUUUUACUAGCACACCUAGAGACACUGACGUAAGUGAGCUCUUUUCUUUUUUUAUGCAAACAGUGACCUCAGCCCUAAUACCUUUUCCCUUUGAAAAUGCCACUUUGAGAGAGAGAAUCACAAAGGUAUUUUGAAAGUAUUUUCAGAUGCUCCUUUUUAUAUACAUAUAUAACACCUUUAGAAUCAUGUAAAAUAAGGGCAGUCGUGAGGGGGAUGUGCUCUGUUUUCUAAAAAACAGAAACUGCCUGCCCAAACUUUGGGGUUCUGGGACGGAAAGAUUGUAAUUGCUGUAAAGACACUUAUGAGUCCUUGUUAGAAUCCAAAAUGAACUUUUGGCACAAGACUUUACGGGGUUCUACACUUAGACUGCCAUCUGUGAAACGUAUGUUAAACCAGCCAGAAAUAGAUACGCCCUCCCACUGUAGCUCCAGUAAGCUGGAUGAACAAGGUGCUGGGCCGUUGACCACUGGGGGGUUAUGUGCUCUUGCCAUGGAAGAGCAUCCGGAACUGUCUCAGGCCCCAUGUGCAGAAGAGUGCCAUGGCUCAAAACCUCCAGCAGCGUCGAACCAGCUGAUUAUAAAAAAAAAUGGGUUUAAAGAAAGAAAAUGUACCGAGAGUUUGAUGUUGAAAUGUGACAGUUGACCAAAUUUCCACCUAAAUGGUUGGAUAAGGAGAGUGGACUUGUGGGUGAGGGUGUUUCUUAAGCGCCCUAGACUUAAAUUAGUUCAUCAACUCUCGCUGCUUCGGGUUGAGCAGGCACAGGAAGCCAGGGUGUUCUGAUUGGAGAAUUAGCUCUUCUGUUCUUUUUCCCCGCGAUCCCUUACUACCUCACCCUCUUCAAACACUACAUGGCACAGCAAAGGUUUGACAGAGCCAUCAGCUACCCCCCUGAGUUAGUAAUUCUGCAUACAUACUAGAGAGUUUCAUUGGAAACGUAAUGAUUAGUGGGGAAAUUUGAAGGCCAGUGAUGACAAAACUAUCCUAAAAUAUAUUAUUAUGCUCUUAAAACUGGAAAAAAGAUAAAAGGCAAACUAAACUGCUGGUUGUACUUACUCAUCUUUGACUGUUUUUUUGUCAUUUGAGAGCAGUUCAGGCCUUCAGGUCCAGGAGACCUACUUAGAUACAGAUCUCUCUGAAGUAAAGUCUCUGGAGAUGCAAGGGUGUGUCCAGAUGAAAUCUUACAAAGUAGGGGGACAUAUUGGAUUUCUCUACAUGUGUCAUUCUGCCAGUGUCCUAAAUAAGCAACUAGAAAAGAAUAGUUGUAAUCCAUGCUGUUUUUAUCCGAAGCAUAUUAAGACAAUCACACAACAUAUUUUGGAUGACUAGCUCUAUGUAACAUGUCCGCCUGGUUUGCUUUGCACUGCUGGGUCAGUGCUGUUCGCCAUACAUUAUCUCACAGAGUAUGAAGAGGGUAUUAGGCCUACUCUUUUCUUGGUACGUACAACAGUGGCAUGGUGGGAUUGUGCAAUAAGGUCUUUCCCAUUGUUCUCUGUAUGUUGGGCUUUUGUUGCUAUAUUGUGUACAUCUUCAAAAACACUCCAACACCUCACAGCACAACAAACAAUGUUAUUUAGUAAUGUAUAUCAUGUACCAAAUAUACAGCCAACCACUACACAGGUCAUUUCUCAGCUGACAUGAUGACCGACAGAUGACACUUACAGAUUGUAACAAAGUGCAAUACUUUGUGUGUUGAGAGUGUUAGACAUGCUGAUUUGAAAGGAUUUAGUAUACUUUAUAGUUUUUCAGGCCUAUAAGCUGUCCAGGGGGCAGCACUGAAGAUCUGCACUUGCAUUUACAUUUAGGGUUGUUACUCAGGGAGAUAGCUGGGCUCUCUGUCCUUCAUUGUCUGCAGUUCGUCUAUAGCUAGCAAGACACGUCGCACCAUGAUAGAAGAUCUUGAAACCUUGAUCACUGUGUACAGUAUAUGUUCUUGUGAAUGUUUGACUUCAGAAGUAUCAAAGAUUUUACCCUUGUCUAACAUCUUUAUUGCAAGACUUUUUUUGAGUUUGGGUCAUAGAUUAAAUAGAAUAUUAAAAAAAGUAAAUAUAGUACAAUAAAUAUAAAAGAUGGAUUAUUAUCUCUGAAUCUUGUCUUGGUUUUGUUGUGAUAUUUUGUAUCUUAAUUUUUAUCCCUAUGUGUACUGUUUGUUUUUGCUCAACCGUUUAGUGUUCUUUUUGUCUUGGAGAGAUGUAAUUCUAUUUUUUUAAAGAGCGUUUUUAAAGAUGUCUCCCUGAAAGUUUCUCUUGUCAUGAUCCUUGUUUAUAUGUUCACUCUAUUUUAAGAUUAUUAUUAUUAUUGAAUCAAUAUAGAUUUUAAUAAGAAAUAAUUUAUAUGUUAUGGAUAUAAUGCCCAAAAGGUAUUAACACAGUAAAGUUUUAUUGCACAAUGGUGAUACAAUAUGUGGAUUUAAGAAUGUAAUAAAAGGCUUUUUACAAUUAAGAAAAAA